AUGAUGGCGAAGCUGGGGAUUUUGGUAGCCGUUGCCGUGUUUCUGGAGACAGUCUCUGCAACCUCCCUCGGGGUGGUGUACACAGAGGGAGGUAUGGUGCAGGGCGAGAACAUUCGUCUUGGGUUCCGCCAUCACAUGGAUAUCUUCAGGGGGAUUCCCUUCGCUGACCCCCCUGGAAGGUUUGAGAAACCAAAACGUCACGCAGGCUGGGACGGUGUUCUGAAGACCACCGAGUACAGGAGCAGAUGCAUGCAGGUGAACCUCAUCAUGACCGACACCAGAGGCACUGAGGAUUGUCUUUACCUGAAUGUCUGGGUUCCUCACGGCCGCUCAGUGUCCAGUGGUCUGCCCACUAUGGUCUGGAUCUAUGGGGGAGGCUUCCUCACCGGAGGCUCGAUGGGUGCCAACUUCCUGGACAACUAUCUGUACAGCGGGCAGGAGAUUGCAGAGAGAGGGAAUGUGAUCGUGGUGACGCUGGGAUACCGUGUGGGCACCCUGGGCUUCCUGAGCACCGGAGAAUCGGACUUACCUGGAAACUAUGGACUGUGGGACCAGCAGGCCGCCAUCGCCUGGGUGCACAGGAACAUCCGCUCAUUCGGAGGAGACCCCGACAACAUCACCCUCUUUGGAGAGUCUGCAGGCGGAGCCAGUGUCAGCUUCCAGACUCUCACUCCCCACAACAAAGGGUUGUUCAAGAGAGCCAUCUCCCAGAGCGGCGUCGCCACUUGUCCAUGGGCUAUCAACAAGAACCCCCGCAGGUUCGCUGAGGAGGUUGCUCUAAAGGUCAACUGCCCCACCGAUCAGAAUAUGACUCCCUGUUUGAAGAUGACUGAUCCUGUGCUGCUAACGCUGGCUGGCUCUCUCAGUAUCUCAAGCUCACCUGAUAACCCCGUUCUCCACAACCUGCUCCUGUCUCCUGUGCUGGACGGCGACUUCCUGCCGGAUGAGCCUUCCAACUUGUUCCACAAUGCGGCUGAGAUCGACUACAUCGCUGGAGUCAAUGACAUGGACGGACACCUCUUCACUGGCUUAGAUGUUCCUACAAUCAACUCCCCCCUGGUGGACACCCCUAUUGACAUCGUGAAGAGGCUUCUGGCUUCAUACACUAAGCAGGGCAAGGCUGCUGUCGACCACGGUUACUCCACAUACACCUCAACCUGGGGCUCAAACCCCAGCAAGGAGACCAUCAAGAAAACCAUUGUGGAGAUUGGAACAGACUACAUCUUCCUGGUUCCUACUCAGGUUGCCCUCUACCUUCAUGCGGCCAACGCCACAACCGGUAGUACCUACUCCUACCUGUUCUCUCAGCCCAACCGUAUGGGCGGCAUUGCCAGGCCUUAUCCCAGCUGGAUGGGAGCCGACCACGCUGAUGACCUGCAGUACGUGUUCGGAAAGCCUUUCACCACACCGCUGGCGUACUGGCCUCGCCACCGUGACGUCUCUGGCUACAUGAUCGCCUACUGGACCAACUUCGCCAGAACUGGGGACCCCAACAAAGGAGAGUCAAAAGUGCCCGUUACCUGGCCUAAAUUCACCAGCACUGAACACCGGUUCCUGGAGAUCAAUUCUAAGAUGAACAAAAACUAUGUGGGACAGAAGAUGAGAAUGCGUCACGUGCAUUUCUGGUCCAGCGUCCUUCCCAACCUUCCCAUGACCAUCUCAGAAUAAAGACCUGUGCACGUGCAGUGUGGACCUUUAGAUCUGAAGUAGCAAAUCAGAAUUGGUUCAUGAAAAAAUAAAUUGAUGACAGAUACA